AUGUUUUUGUCUUGCCUUCAUUCCGCUGUAAUUAAAAGUGGUUUAUACAGCAAUAUAAAUCUGAAACCGAAACAAACAAAGUGUUUGGAGGCCAUGUAUAAUAGGCGAGAUACUGUGGCAGGUUUUGCCUACAGGAUAUGGUAAAUCUUUGAUUUAUCAAUUGCUGCCAACAUUGCUUAACGAGAGGAACCUCUACGAACAAAGGCGAUCUGGGGAAAUUGUUUUAAGCUGGUCUACUCCCAUUAUCCUUGUUGUUUCGCCUUUAAAUUCACUGGUCGACGAUCAAAUAAGAAAGAUAAAUGAUAGUACGUGUUUAAAAGCAACCAUUUUGAAAAAGAAUUACGGAGAAUUUGGUGCUAAUUUUAGUGUCGAUGAACCUGGCAUCAAAGACACGUUAUUCGAUAUCCUGUAUCUUCAUCCCGAAGCAUGUUUGUCGUCUAAGGCAGGAUUUAAUUUGUUCCAGUCUGUGCCAUACCAAAACUCGGUUGAAGCUAUUGUCGUCGACGAAGCUCACUGCAUUUUGGAAUGGUAAGUAGAAUGUACCUGUAAUAAACUGGUAAAGUUUGUAUGUUUUUCAUUUGUGGCAUACUGGCAUGCAAAAAAGGAUGAGUGCUUUUGAUAUUAGAGACCAAAGAAGACAGCAAUAAAGGGUACGCUCCUGGGUAUUUUUCCCUACCCAUUUGUUUAAAUGAAUUUGUGUAUAGCCACUUCUUGUUAAUAAAGGCAAUAAAUGGUAAUUUUUUAGGGGUGAUGAUUUCAGAACAGAUUAUUCCCACCUUGGUAUGCUAUGUGCUCUUUUCCCAUCAGUUCCUGUUCUGGCCCUUUCAGCAACCGCAAGCAAGAAAGACCGAGAAGCAAUCAAGGGCACAUUGCAUAUGAGAAACCCCCUGGAAGUUGUAGGAAGCCUUAACCGACCAAAUAUUUUCUAUGAAAAAGUAUUUCGGAAUGGUCCAGAUAUUGAAUCAUAUGAGCAAAUAUUAACACCAAUUGCUAAAAAUCUAUUAGCACAGAAAAUUGAGUAUCCACUGACGAUUUUUUACCUAAAUUUGAGAUGGUGUGGGUUUGCAUAUAGACUGUUUGAGACAAUUUUAGGGCAUGAACAAUAUUUCCCUACUGGUGCAGACCCAAUCCCUGAGAAUAGAUUGUUCUCACAGUUCCAUUCUCCCCAAACUGCUGCCAUGAAAGAGCAAAUUCUUAAUGAACUUGGACAUUCACAUUCCAAAUUGAGGGUUGUAUUUGCCACAGUUGCAAUGGGCAUGGGAGUGGAUAUACCUGCUAUUACAAACAUCAUCCACAUUGGACCACCCCGAACUGUUCGAGAAUACAUGCAAGAAACUGGGAGAGCUGGUAGAGAUGGAUCUUCAUCACGGGUGUUGUUAUUUUACAAUAAUCGUGACAUUGCCAAAAACAGGAAAGGAAUCAGUGAGGAUAUCAGAGAAUAUUGCCACUUGGAACAUUCAUGCAUGAGAAAAUACCUUUUGGACUGUUUAGAUGUAGAACUUACAACUGAAGAACAGGUUGUUGGACACUUAUGUUGCAGCAAUUGCAGUUUGGUAUGCGACUGUGUUGAUUGUACUAUAUGA